AUCCCCAGCCCAUACUCAGUCACACUGUGCAAGGACUAGCCCAUAUACCACACCGCCAGCAUGUGCGACAUGGGGGGGCUGGACAACCUGGUGGCCAACACGGCCUACCUGAAGGCCCAGGAAGGGGAUGACAAGGAGAUGAAAAAGAGAAGGCGCAGCCUGUCACUGCCCAAGCUAGAGCAGAGCAGUGCCAUCCGCAAGUCAAUAGAGAAGGACUUUGAGUCGCUCUGUGAGAAACAACCAUUGGGUAAGACAUUCUUCCGUCAGUUUCUCCUAGCCUCCAAGCCUGAGUAUGUUGCAGCAGCAGAGUUUCUGGACGAGCUUCAGGACUGGGAACUGGCAGUGGGGGGAGCCAAAGACAAGAACCGUCAGAACAUCAUCAACAAGUUCUGUAAGGCUGACUCCAAAAGCUUCCUUUCCUAUCUGACCAGGGAUGUGGCCGAGAAGUGUAAGGCUGUUUCAGACAAGGACUUUGAGGAAGUCAUGGUGGAUAAGGUGAGAGAUGCCACACGGGACUUCCUGAAGGCCAAGCCCUUCACAGAGUACCAGACCAGUCCCUUUUUUGAAAAGUUCUUACAAUGGAAGGAGUAUGAAAAACAGAAAAUCACAGAAAGGUAUUUCUAUGAGUUCAGGACCCUAGGGAAGGGAGGCUUUGGUGAGGUGUGUGCAGUGCAGGUUAAAAACACAGGCCAGAUGUACGCCUGCAAGAAGCUGAACAAGAAGCGCUUGAAAAAGAAGAACGGAGAAGGCAUGGCCCUGCUGGAGAAGCAGAUCCUGGAGAAGGUCAACAGCUCGUUCAUCGUCAACCUGGCCUACGCUUACGAGACAGACACUCACCUGUGCUUGGUCAUGAAUCUGAUGACUGGAGGAGACCUCAAGUACCACAUCUAUAACAUGGGGGAGAAGGGCCUCCACAUGGAACGAGUCAUCUACUACACGGCACAGAUCACCACGGGCAUCAUGCACCUGCAUGCCAUGCACAUAGUGUACAGAGACAUGAAACCGGAGAAUGUGCUUCUGGACAGCUUUGGACAGUGUCGUCUGUCUGACCUGGGUCUGGCUGUAGAGCUGCCUGGAAAGAAGACCAUCUGCCAGAAGGCUGGCACCAGUGGCUAUAUGGCUCCAGAGAUUCUAAAGCAGGAGUCCUACCGCACCUCUGUGGACUGGUGGGCGCUGGGCUGCAGUAUCUAUGAGAUGGUGGCUGCCCGCCUGCCCUUCAAGGACUACAAGGAGAAGGUGCAAAUGGAGGAGGUGGCUCGCCGCACUCUGGAGGACCAGUGCAUGUACAACCACAAACACUUUGACCCCCCAACCAAAAACAUCAUCCAUCUCUUAAUCAAGAAAAAAGUUGAAGAGCGUCUUGGGUGCAGAGGUGACGACCCACGGCAGCACGAGUUCUUCAAGUCCAUCAACUUCCCCCGUCUGGAAGCAGGGCUGAUCGACCCCCCCUGGGUGCCCAAGCCCAACGUGGUCUACGCCAAGGACAGCACAACCAUCGGGGACUUCUCCCAAGUCAAGGGCAUUGAGUUUGAAGCCAAAGAUGAGAAAUUCUUCAGAGAGUUCAGCACAGGGGCUGUGUCUAUUCCCUGGCAACAGGAGAUGCUGGACAGCAAACUGUUUGAUGAACUGAAUGACCCAAACAGGAAAGAGUCAUCGGCUGAAUUUGACAAUGCCGAUGGGAAGAAAUCCAAAUCGUGCACACUUUUGUAAAAGCCAAUCUAGUUGUUAGUGUGAAAUAAAAGAGAUGGGGUGCAAUAAGAUCAAUAUUUAACAAUAAGAAUUCUCAAUAUUAAUCACAACUGCACUUUAUUGAUGUUUCGAGGAUCAAGAUGUGCCUGUUGGUCUCAUGUAUGAAGGCACUAGGACAAGAUACACAGGAGGGCUUUGCUGUCGGCUGCUGAACUAGCAGUUUACGACCACAUGGUGGUGCUACAUAUCCUUAAGCUAGUAGAGGUGGAUGGUCCCACACUAUCCAUCAAGAUGAGCUGUCUGGAAUUGCAUUAAAUGUUUGGAAGGAUCUGAUGUAUGUGUUGGUGUGGAUCACAUACUAACAACUCCCAGGUGAGAUUCCAACAUUGACAUUCUAACAGUUCUUCUACGUCCCAUGUGUUAGUAUUUGGCCCCAUACCACUCUGAACACAAUGAAAUCCUAAAAUAGAGCCCACGUUUCUCUGUAAGUAUGGAUCUCAUAAUGUUCGUGUCUUAAAUAUGUAAUGUCUUAAAUACGCUGCACCUCAGUCAUUUUAUUUAUUGAAGUGCAAGCAUUGAUUAAAAUGCAUUCAAUAUUAUGUAACUGUCACCUAUGUUGCUUGUUCCAAAUGUAUGUUAAAAAGGGAUCUCAUUAAUCUAAUGUACAUGACAUUUAUUGCUGUUUCUUGCAAGCCAAUUUGUACAUGUUUACAUAUGAUAGUAAGUUUUUCAUGUUCCUUUUUUAGUGAGUCUAUCUGAAUGGAAUGACUCACUAAACUAUAUUUAAUUAAAACUAGACUAUAUGUAAUUAAUUGAUUAUGAUAUAAUUGUGAAAUUGUAUCAUUUGAUAAAAUGUUGGAACUUUGU